ACACCAUUUCAGACAGCAGCAGACCCAUCUCAAAGGGGAUGAAUAGUCAGUACGUCCGCCGAGAGGUCUUCUGCGGGAACACCUGCCACGAGCUCAAACGCUUCUGGGAGAGGGAGAUUGGCAAACAGACGUACUACCGCCAGUCCGAGGAGCGUCGCCUGGGAAGAAGCGCGCUGAGAAAACUCCGGGAAGAAUGGAAGCAGAGGCUGGAAACAAAGCUGAGACUGCGGAACAAUCCAGAUGAGGCGGAAAGACGGACAAAUGUCAGCUGAGGACGCCCCA